AUGACGGCCUGCCUGGGUGGUCGUGACGGCGACACCAAGCGUGAUCAGGACCGCGGCAGCGGCGCCGCCGCUGUCAGACCCAAGGCACCGCCAAGCGAUGCCAGCGGCGACGGCGAGGCCGGGCGCGACACUGAGGAGGGCUCCGGCCCGCGUUCGGGCGUCGCCGUCGCGCCGCCCGCGCCGCUGCUGCCGUCGCUGGCGCCGGCGCCGAGCGACACGGCGUCCGCGUCCGCGUCGGCGCUCGACGAGCCGCCGCUGCUUUUCGAGUUUGAGUGA